CGAUUGCAGCACGGAGUUUGCAGCCGUACUCCCUUGAAGUAUACGCACGUCGACUUAUUCGGCCACUUACCUCAGCCUCAUCACGAGCUUUACCGCGGCAACCCCGUCCUAGCCAUGUCCUACUGCUACCUGAUCCAAGGCAAGUGCCUGACGCAGGAUACGGAACGUAGGAUACAGGACGCAGGCGACGUUGCUCGCGGGUCGCAGUACGUCUGCGAGUUCGACUGCAAACCGGUCUAUGUGACAUCCUGUCGGCCACGCGGAGAAGUAUCCCCCAAACAUCCUUGCGGAGAGGUACCCCCCGAGCGUCCUUGCGGAGCGCCUUGCCCGACAUACGACGCAUGCGAAUCUUGUAUCCUAGAUGGGGGGUUGAACUUCUAGCAGCGUCAGGCACCUCAACCUUGUCCGGCGCCGCCAUCGCCUUGCCGACAGUGAACCUGUUCACCGCCGCUGCCGCCUAAUUCGGGGACAGCAAAUUCGGGGAAGCCGUACGUCAUGCGAGUGUCUGAAAGAAAUGAAAUAGAGGAGGGCUGGAAGAAGCAGAUUGAAGGGUCGUGCCGCCUUGACAUGUUGAGUUACGCAAUUUGUAUUCAUGCGAUUCGCGGGAUUUACGAGUCGUUCUCUUGCACGACGACUCGUGUUAGUUUCGUCGUUGAUUUGAAGCCGGUUUUUGCUGACGUUUCCUUCGAUUUAUUUGAUUACGCCUGCGUCGUCCCUUUAGCGGACGUGUGUAUUUCUGCGAAUAAAAAGUAACCUCGUCCGGUAACGUACAACUUCGGUGUCUUUCUCGUUACAUCUCUAUCAUCCACGUUGUAUCUUCGAGUUGAAAAUUCGAGCUCGAAUCUUCGACGGACUAGGUACGAAAUUAUUCACGAGAUACACGCAUACCUGCGGUGCGUGAGCGUCGCACGAGUGCUAAUUUAUCGGUGGAGCAGUACAGGUGAGACAGGCCAGAUAUCGAUUAAGUAUAGACGAUGUUGAAGAAAAUA